GCGCAAAGUCACUAGGUCGCUGAAAAGAUAUGGGGGUGAGAGCGGGAAAAAUGUGGGGGAGAAUGUUUGGGGUUUUGAUGGCAGUCGGGGUAGUGUCUGGGAACGAGCCGAUUUUGGUUGGAGCUCAAUCAGCACCAUCAGACGUAUCUCCAACCCAGAAGGACAUAAACCAGUGGAACAUCGUGCAGCAGGUCGGUCAGCAACCUAGUUCCGCUCCAGGCUUCGUCUGGAUCCAGGUUCCAAUCACCAACGUGCACCAAGUGGCAGGAGGCAACAACAACUUCCAGGUACAAGAAGUCGGAGAAGGAGGAGGGAACGCCGGCCAGUCGAAUAGUCAAGGUCAAGGGAAACCACCUGGUUUUGUGGUGAUCGAGGGGGGAACGGCUCAGAAUCCAGCUGUAGCUCAGGGACCAGCGGAAGCUCAGAGUCCAGCUGCACUGCUUCCAUCUGAAGGACAUUUCAAUAGUAAAUGUUUGAAACCAAGAGGUCAAUUUCCCAGCAAAACUUGCAAUACAUUCGUCAACUGUUGGGACGGAUCUGCUACGGAACAAGAGUGCCCUGGAGGGUUGUUGUUCAGCUCCAGCAAAGGAUAUUGCGACUUUGCCGAACAAGUCGAUUGUGGUGGAAGACCAAUAGUUCCAGGUUCUCCGCCCCCGACUUCCAUAUCCGGUGGCGUAACGGCUCCGCACGAAUCAUCCGCAGGUCAGUCAUCCUCUGGUGCAACGUCGGGGGAGGCCACGACGCCCACGACGCUCGCCUCGACGGUCGGCCCGACUGCCGCCACUCUGCCACCAGUUGAUCCUGAACUUAAGAAAUAUUGCUUGAAACCAAGAGGCCAAUUCCCAAGCAAAGCAUGUAAUAAGUUCGUCAAUUGUUGGGAUGACAAUGUCAUUGAGCAAGAAUGCCCUGAAGGACUGUUGUUUUCUGUCAAAGGAUAUUGUGAUUAUGCCGGCAAUGUCAAAUGCGGAGAUAGAAGUUCAUUUGGAAAUACAAUUCCGGAUAUAGCGGAAUGUCCUUUGGAAUCUGGAACUUUUAGGGAUAACAGUAACUGUGGAUCUUAUUACACAUGCAUUGGUAAUAAAGUAGUCGCCAAAUUCGAGUGUCCAAAAGGAUUCAAAUUCAGUGAU